GCUCAUCAGAGUAGCUCAUCGCAGUGCAAGUGUCCUUUUGUCUCUCAACAGUCGUGCACGUCCCUUCUUUGUCCUUAUCAUCAUCACAUUGUGAUGGAGUACAAGGUGGUGGAGAACAUCUACCUGCUGGUGAUCGUCACCCUGGUCAGCGUGCUACAGAAUGCUUUCUUUGCCCUCAAAGUGGAGAAGGAGUGCAACACACCUGCUUUCGAACGAGUAUCCUGCGCAAAGCGAAACUGUAUGGACGCCUAUGCCACCUUCCUUGCACUCAUGUGGUGCGCCGGCCUGUGCCUCAGCCAAGCUCCAGCUGCAUUCGCCGGCGUGGUGUACGUGUUGGUGCGUCACAAAUACUUUCUGGGCUACAUGGGACAAAGCUCACAGAGUACUCCGGGCUACCUGUUUGGCAAACGCAUGUUGUUUUUCUUGAUGCUGAUGUCCGUGCUGGGAAUUGUCAACUACCUGGUGGCGCGCUACUGCGGGAGCGACUACAAUAAAGAUAUGCUGGAGACCCUCACCAAGGCCGCCUCCGCAUUGCUGCUCAUCCCAUAGCGGCAUUAGCACCAACAAAGACGGACCCCACCAA